CAUGAUGGCGGCUCAACAAACACCCAGUGUACGCAUUCGAAGCUCGAAUCAGUAUUGCUCGAGUCGCGCCGCUGUCGACACGCAAACGCGUCGUAACUUUUGUAAUGAAACUCGGUUUCGUUCCGUGUUUCGUACGGUAAAGUGAUAGAUAGAAGUGACGAAUACUGGUGUACAAGUGUGUGGUUAUGUGGCGGCGAGUGAUAUGACAGCGUGCGCCGCCAGACGGACCCCGGCCGUCUUCAUGAGGAUACUGGUGACAAGCCUGGCCCCGAGAUCAUGGUGGCUCCCGAUUCCGAGGCUCCUGCGAAUCCUCGGAUAGCGGCCGCCGCGCACGAAACUCCCUCCGCCGCUGAGGCGCGCCACAGUGCCGACCUGUACAUUCGCACCAGCUGGGUGGAUGCGGCCUUAGCGCUCUCCGAACUUGAAAAGGGCAAUAUCGAGGGCGGGCGCACAUCGCUCUGGAUCCGUGCCUGGCUUCAAGAACAGCUGUUCAUAUUAGGCUGUUUCCUCCAAGGCGACGCGGGCAAAGUCCUCUUUGUCGCGAUACUAGUACUCUCUACUUUCUGCGUGGGUUUAAAAUCCGCGCAGAUUCAUUCGAGGGUCGACCAACUCUGGGUUCAAGAGGGUGGUCGGUUAGAAGCUGAACUGAAGUACACAGCGAAGGCGCUUGGAGAAGCCGACUCCUCGACGCAUCAGCUCAUCAUACAAACGGCAAAAGACCCUGACGUGUCGCUACUGCACGCGGGUGCGCUGCUAGAACACCUAAAGGUAGUUCACGCUGCGACUCGCGUCACGGUUCACAUGUACGACAUUGAGUGGCGGCUAAAGGAUCUUUGCUACAGCCCCAGUAUACCUGAUUUCGAGGCUUACCAUAUAGAGAAAAUUAUUGACAAUAUCAUUCCAUGCGCGAUCAUUACCCCGCUUGACUGCUUCUGGGAGGGAUCUAAGUUAUUAGGACCCGAUUAUCCUAUUUACGUCCCCGGUCUACAGCAUAAACUACAAUGGACUCAUUUACACCCUCAAGAAGUUUUGGAAGAAGUGAGGAAGCUGACGUUUCAGUUCCCGUUCAGCACAAUGGAGGCUUACAUGAAGAGGGCUGGCAUCUCCUCCGCCUACAUGAAGAAGCCUUGCCUCGACCCCACCGAUGCUCACUGCCCGGACACAGCCCCCAACAAGAAAACAGGCAAUAUUCCAGAUGUUGCCGCGGAGUUGUCCCACGGUUGCUACGGUUUCGCGGCAGCUUACAUGCACUGGCCGGAGCAGCUGAUAGUUGGCGGGGCCACGAGGAACUCCACGUCCGCCCUGAGGAGUGCGAAGGCGUUGCAGACCGUCGUGCAACUGAUGGGAGAGCGAGAGAUGUUCGAAUACUGGGCCGACCACUACAAGGUGCACCAUGUUGGCUGGACGCAGGAGAAAGCCGCUGCUGUGCUAGACUCUUGGCAGAGGAAGUUUGCAACUGAGGUGCGAAGGAUGACAACGACUGAGUCUGUGUCGCCUUUCUACAGCUUCUACCCGUUCUCGACAUCCACGCUUAACGACAUUCUUGGAAAAUUCUCUGAACUCUCAUUAAAGAACAUUAUGUUGGGAUACAUGUUCAUGUUAAUUUAUGUAGCUGUGACUUUAAUGCAAUGGUGCGACCCGGUCCGCUCGCAAGCCGGCGUGGGUAUCGCCGGUGUACUUCUACUUUCCAUCACUGUAGCUGCUGGACUUGGCUUUUGUGCUUUGUUAGGUAUUCCAUUCAACGCGUCAAGCACUCAAAUAGUUCCAUUCCUAGCCCUUGGGCUAGGGGUUCAGGAUAUGUUCCUUCUCACUCACACAUACGUGGAACAAGCGGGAGACGUGCCGCGUGAGGAGCGGACGGGCCUGGUGCUCAAGAAGAGUGGCUUGAGCGUGCUUCUGGCCUCACUCUGCAACGUCAUGGCGUUUUUGGCUGCGGCCUUACUGCCAAUUCCAGCGUUACGAGUUUUUUGUCUGCAGGCCGCAAUUCUACUGCUGUUCAACUUGGGCUCAAUGCUGCUGGUCUUCCCUGCAAUGAUCUCGCUGGAUCUCCGUCGGCGGUCUGCGGCCCGAGCUGAUUUGCUUUGUUGCCUCACACCCGAAAGCAAUGGACCUAGACGUCACACGAAAAUAGCUGAUAGGUCCAGGACUCGCAGUGGAAAGACUGAUAAGAAUAAUUGGAAAGAUACUUCGAGACAGCCAUUAGAUCCAGAGGAUACGGGAUACCAGUCGAAGGUGACAUGCUGCCUCAGUCUUUCGCUCACCAAGUGGGCGAAGAACCAAUACGCGCCGUUCAUCAUGCGACCUUCCGUUAAGGUAACAUCAAUGUUAGCGUUGAUCGCAGUGAUAUUAGCAAGUGUUUGGGGAGCUACGAAAGUCAAAGACGGUCUAGAUCUCACAGACAUUGUACCAGAGAACACAGACGAACACGAAUUCUUAUAUCGCCAAGAAAAAUACUUCGGCUUUUACAGUAUGUACGCCGUGACUCAAGGCGACUUUGAAUAUCCCACCAAUCAGAAGUUACUCUACGAAUAUCACGACCAAUUCGUUAGGAUACCGAAUAUUAUAAAGAACGACAAUGGUGGACUCACGAAAUUCUGGCUGAGCCUGUUUCGUGACUGGCUAUUAGACUUACAAGCAGCUUACGACAAGGAAGUGGAAAGUGGUUGCAUUAAUCAAGAGUACUGGUGUAAAAAUGCAACCGACGAGGGCAUACUAGCUUAUAAACUAAUGGUGCAGACUGGACACGUAGACAAUCCCAUCGAUAAGUCACUUAUAACGACAGACACCAAAAACGGUCACAGAUUAGUCGAUAAGGAUGGUAUCAUUAAUCCGAAGGCGUUCUAUAACUAUCUGUCUGCUUGGGCUACAAACGAUGCUUUAGCAUACGGAGCUUCACAAGGGAACUUGAAGCCACAGCCGAAGAGAUGGACGCAUUCGCCGGGUGACGUUGACCUAAAGAUACCAAAAUCAUCACCACUCAUAUACACACAACUGCCGUUCUACCUGUCAGGGUUAAGUGAUACAGAGAGCAUCAAGAACCUGAUAAUGUCGGUGCGGGAGUUGUGUUUGAAGUUUGAAGCGAAGGGAUUGUCUAACUUCCCGUCUGGUAUUCCUUUCCUGUUUUGGGAGCAGUACUUGUAUUUGAGAACAUCGCUGCUCCUGGCCCUCGCUUGCGCGCUGGCUGCUGUUUUUGUGGCUGUCAUGGUGCUCCUUCUAAACUGCUGGGCGGCGGUGUUAGUGACGCUGGCCUUAGCAACGCUUGUGCUUCAGUUGCUAGGAACGAUGGCACUAUUAGGUGUCAAGCUGUCGGCAGUUCCUGCUGUCUUGCUGGUCUUAGCAAUCGGCCGAGGAGUUCAUUUCACCGUGCACUUGUGUUUGGCUUUCGUAACAUCGAUCGGUUGCAAGCGUCGACGAGCCUCCUUGGCGUUAGAGUCAGUCCUAGCCCCUGUGGUACAUGGUGCGCUAGCUGCUGCAUUGGCCGCCUCUAUGCUGGCUACCAGCGAGUUCGGCUUUGUGGCCCGACUGUUCUUGAGGCUCCUAUUGGCACUUGUUUUACUGGGCCUAAUUGAUGGACUUCUGUUCUUCCCGAUUGUACUCGCCAUACUAGGACCUGCAGCUGAGGUUCGACCGCUUGAACACCCAGAGAGAUUAUCCACGCCAUCACCUAAAUGUUCGCCGGUACAUCCAAGAAAGUCAAGUUCAGGGUCUGGGGGAGGAGAUAAAGCGAGCCGCGGAGGAAAGUCUGCCCCGCGGCCAUCCGCCCCGUCACUCACGACCAUCACUGAAGAACCACCUAGCUGGCACUCCUCCGCCCCCUCCGUACAGUCCUCCAUGCAGUCUAUUGUGGUACAGCCUGAAGUGGUUGUGGAGACUACUACGUAUAAUGGCAGUGAUUCGGCAUCUGGUCGCUCGACCCCCACCAAGACACCGCAUGCGGGUGCUAUUACGACUAAGGUAACUGCGACGGCAAACAUAAAAGUGGAAGUGGUGACACCAAGCGAUAGGAAAUCACGGAGAUCGUAUCAUUACUACGACCGCCGCAGGGAUCGCGACGACGACCGAGAGAGAGACCGAGAUCGGGACAGGGACAGGGACCGAGAUCGUGACAGGGACCGAGAGAGAGACAGAGACAGGGAUAGGGAUCGGUCCAGAGAACGAGAGAGGAGAGACCGGUUCAGAGACGAGCGGGAUCACCGCGCCUCGCCCAGAGAGAACGGCCGCGACUCCGGCCACGAGAGCGACUCCUCACGACACUGAAGACACGCGGCAUGAACCGCUUGUGUUAUUUCAACAACGAUCCCCAGCGUGCAGCGUGCCAACACGCCCAGACGCCUAGUUAUACUUGCAUCAAUGCAUUUUAUUAUACUGUAUGUAGUGAUCUGAUCGAUGAAUAAUGACAUCUUUACCUAAAGUUACGGAGUUUAAUCUCUUAUAAGCUGAGCAAUCGUACGUAAAAUGUUUUAAGGUUGGCAAUACCGCUUAUAAUCAGUACCUUAAGACAGUAUUACGAGAAUUGUAAUUUUAAGUUAACUCUUCAUAUGAAUAUAGUGGAGGCUAUAUGUAAUUCGGUACGCGAUGGAAGUGCUAGUAUGUAAUCGACGUGAGUGUAUGACUAUCGUAGUAUACAGGAUGGUACUGAAAUCAUUCCAUAGCGCGGCACUAGUACUUCUAUAUUGUGUUUCAUUAUAGAUACGUUCCAGUGUGGAAAGCUAGUGAAUUCUUUACUGUAUAAAAACCAAAUAUCAUUUGUAGAACGUCAUAUCUAUACAUUUGUUUGUGUGUUCCUAUUAUAAAGACAUUUCCAUUUGUCUCCAAACUCUUUGUUACAUUUAUACUUCUCUAAAGACUGUGGUCAAAUAUUAUUAAUUUAUAAUAUUAUUUAUUUGUAUGUCUAUAAUGAUUCUGUCACCAGGAAACUCUGAGGGUGGUCUCAGGUAAAUUGUACAAAUUAUUUAGGUAGUUUUAAUAUUAGGUUAGGCGGCUAUUUAUGAGAUUACUUAGUUACGUUUUAUACCUAACUGUAUUGUUGUGAUCUUUAGGUAAACUUAGUAAUUGUGAAGACUGCAUUUAAAGAUCAAAGCACAGUAUUGUGUGGAUACCGCGUCGUGCGAGUGCGUGACGUCAUCGACCGACAUGAAUACUGACCUCUCGUUAUGAUCGAUGAGUUACGUUGUAACGUUUUGUGCAAAGUACUUAGUAGUAUAUAUUAAUUUAUACGUACCUAUAUAACUUAAUAAUAUUCUGUAAAUAUAGCUGUAACACUAGCGAGUAACUGUUCGUGGGCAGCUCCCUGUGAGCCGGCUGCCGACAUCUGUAUCAUUUAUUUUUAUACAAUUUUAACUGACAUAUUGUCGAAAAACUGUAGGUUGUAACUCAAACUAUAGCGUUUAACUUUUGUAGGUUUUUAAAAAAUUAACAAAUGAAAAAGAGGAUAUAAUUAUUAUGGCAGUUCUGAUAAGUAUCAUCUAGCAUUUAUUUACAACGAGUAUAUAAAUUAUAUGACAGAAGGCUGGAUAGUAACGAAAUUACAAAAGACAAAAAUAGCUAAACUUCAAUAUAAAAUUAAAUCGAUUUGUAAAGUGCCUAUCAUGAAGACAAGUACAAUUAAGUAGGAAAAAAUCUCAAAUAUUAAAUAUUGUUUUUUUACGUGAAUCUGGAAUUGAUUUGUCUAUGACAUGUAAUUGUUAAUGGUACGCAGAUUGGUGACAAUAAAUGUUAUUGUUAACACGAAAGUAAAUGUCGACUGUAUUGCGAAAAUAAAAUAAUUUAAAACUGUAAAAA